AUGGCUUCGCGUGCUGCCGCUAGAGUGACCAAGAACCGUUUCGCCCUCCCCCUCGACCACAGGGCCACCCGCCCCGGCUUCCAGGCCCCGUGGGGCAGCAUUGACCCCGCUCAGGAGGUCCGUCAGAGCUCCGUCCUGAUGGGCGUUCUCGGCGGUAUCUUUGUUUCCUGGGGCCUCUUCGCCUUGACUCGCAGGGACAAUGUCCGCAAGCUCCCCGAGUCCGUCAAGAACAAGGAGUGGGCCACCGUUUCGGAGGAGAGGCUCGCCAAGAACCGUGGCUCGAGCGGCAGUUGCGCACUUGCCGAAAUCAUGCGACGAAGGGCAAACUAUUGCUGCCUCAAGUUGCGCGAUCGCAAGGUGACUGUUCGGCUUGAAGAGCCGUGGUACGCUUCGUCCAGCAGCAUUCCCCUCUUCGCCGGCAACAAGAAAUGGAAACUGCAGCAUUGGAUUCAGCGAGACGAUUACCCCGUCGGUUCAUUUCUGGUCUCGCAUGGAGGCUAUCAAUCGAAUGCGAUGUUGGCCCUGGCGCAACUGGCCCGAAUGAAGCGAAUGGGAUUCGUGUACUACACUAAAUCGCUCCCCUCUUCGCCGGAGCCCGCCAGUGGCAACCUCAAGCAUGCGCUCGAGCUGGGGAUGCAAGUCGUGUCCCUCUCCACCGCCGAAUACGAUCGUCUCUUUGCAUCGAAUGAGGAGCAGCCCCACGCUGCGCAAGCAGAGGCGAGACACUCAUCUUUCUUCUCCUACCAGAGCGCCGACGAGCUACCCUCGGCGCCGAGAAGGGCGCCAUCUUCGUCCCACAAGGCGCAGCCUGCCCACAAGCCGAAGUCCGGACCUCUUCCCGAGGGUAUACGCGAGGUGGCGCUGGACAUCAACACCUACGCACAGGAGCGGAUGGGGUCAUCGAGCGCCGAGAGCGCCAAGCCCUUGCUCGUCGUUCUCCCAUCAGGGACUGGGACGACGGGGUACUACCUGGCGCAGCACCUGAGCAGGGACGUGGACAUUGCGUGUGUGCCGUGCCUCGGGCGCAGCGACUACCUACGCUCCCAAAUGGAGGGACUCAGCGGCGCGGCCCACGACCGAAUGCCGCGCAUCCUCGAGCCUCCACCAGGACGAUACAGCUUCGCUCGCCCGAGCUCAACGAUGCUCCAGACCUGGAAAGAGCUGCAACAGGCCGCGGCUUGCGCUGAGAACCCGUUCGAGUUUGACCUGAUCUACGCCCCGCGCACCUGGCAGACCCUGUUCCACCACUGGGAGGCCCUUGCGCCCUACGACCUGCUCUACGUGCACACCGGAGGGCUCGAGGGCACCGCCUCGCAGCUCCAGCGCUACGCCAGUCUCAACCCGGCCGCCGACAAAGAGAGUGGUGCUGACGUGGAAACAAUAAAUGCAUAA